GGGGGGGGAGCGAGGGGAGAGCCCAGCACCGUCCUGGUGCAGGGUCUUUGUGCUUCACUGGGAGGCAGCAAGCUGCGCCGGAUCCCCGGAAAGAGCCCUCUUCAAGGACAGAAAUGCAGGAGAAAUGCGAGACGGUGACGGCAUGCGCAGGUGAGGGGAGGACAUGCAGGAAAGAAAGGGGAAAUCCUGAGAAAAAGGACCAGAAGAAGGUGGAACAAGACAGGAGGGUGUUGUGGGGAGACAGAGGGGACGACGAGCCGAUGCAGGACGAUGCCUGCAAAAAUCAAAGCAGGGAAGGACACGAAGUGGGGAAGAGAUGGGGAGAACCCGCUCACCAGGGGGGAAAUCUAGAUGGUCUUAGCAAAACCGAAGCCCAGCCGCAGAUUUGCUCCAAGAAGAAAGUGUAUGGAUGUGCUGAGUGUGGGCGGACUUUCAACUGGAGGAACAACCUGACCCGGCACCAGCGACUGCACACGGGAGAGCGGCCCUACAAGUGCCCCGACUGCGGGAAGGGCUUCAACGACAGCUCCAACCUCAUCUCCCACCAGAGGAUCCACCGGGGAGAGAAGCCCUACAAGUGCCUGGACUGCGGGGAGAGCUUCAGCCAGAGCGCCUACCUCAUCUCCCACCAGGGCAUCCACACUGAAGAGCGGCCCUACCCAUGCCCCGACUGCGGGAAGCGCUUUGCCCGGCGGCCCAACCUCAUCAUGCACCAGCGGAUCCACACAGGCGAGCGACCCUACGCGUGCCGGGACUGCGGGAAGAGCUUCCGUAAGAGCUCCGACCUCGUGAGACAUGAGAGGGUCCACACGGGCGAGAGGCCCUACAAAUGCCCCGUCUGCGGGAAGGGUUUCAGCGUGAGCUCCCGCAUGAUCCGACACCAGCGGCUGCACACUGGGGAGAGGCCCUACAAGUGUCCCGAGUGUGGAAAGAGCUUCAACGACAGCUCCAACCUCAUCUCCCACCAGAGGAUCCACCGGUCAGAGAGGCCCUAUAAGUGCUUUGACUGUGGGAAAAGCUUCAACCAAAGCACGGCACUCAUUAGACACCGGAGACUGCACACGGGUGAGAAGCCGUAUCUCUGCUCAGACUGCGGGAAAAACUUCACUCGGAGACCAAACCUUAUUAUUCAUCGGCGAAUCCAUACGGGCGAGAGACCCUAUAACUGCCAGGACUGUGGAAAAAGCUUCCGUAACAGCUCAGACCUUGUGAGACACCAGCGGAUCCACACUGGGGAGAGACCCUAUAAAUGUCCCGACUGCGGGAAGGGCUUCACCGUGAGCUCAAAAUGCAUUGCCCACCAGAGAACCCACACAGGAGAGUCUCCCUACAAGUGCUCUGAGUGUGGGAAAAGCUUCAGCCGUGGCUCGUCCCUCAAUCGGCACCAGAGGGUCCAUCUGGGGGAGAAACCCUUCACGUGCUCUAAGUGCGGGAAAAGUUUCACGUGCGACUCCACCCUUAAGAACCAUCAGAAAACCCACUCUCACGAGAAACCCUACAAAUGCCUCAGUUGUGAGAAAAGCUUCGCGUCCACCAAGUCUCUCAAAAAGCAUUGCAAGGUCCACCUGGAGAACGGGGCCUACCAGUGCUCUGAGUGCGGGAAAAAACUCACUUCCAAUUCAGCUCUUAUUGUCCACCGGCGAAUACAUACAGGGGAGAGGCCCUAUAAUUGCCCUGACUGUGGGAAAAACUUCAUGGCUAAAAAGUCCCUCAAUAAGCAUCGUAAGAGCCACACGGAGGAGAAACCUUAUCAGUGCCCCGAGUGCGGAAUAGGCUUCACUGUUCACUCUGCCCUCCUUCUUCACCAGAAGAGCCAUAUGGGACCCAGACCCCACGUAUGUCCUGACUGCGGGAGAGCCUUCCGGGAGAACACGACCCUCCGGAGACACCAGCGGAUCCACACGGGCGAGAAGCCGUAUCAGUGCUCUUACUGUGAGAAAAGCUUUCGGGCUAGCUCCACCCUCAUCAUCCACCGGAGGAUCCACACCGGAGAGAAACCCUACAAAUGCACCAAAUGCACAAAGUGCUUCACGUCCAGCUCUUCCCUCAUGAAGCAUCGGCGGACUCACCUACGGGACGAGGCACCUGUGGGAGAGAAGCCUUUUAAGUGCCUUGAAUGUGGGAAAAGCUUCACGCGGAGCUCCGACCUCAUCGUCCACCAGAGAUCCCACACCGGGGAGAAGCCCUACCAGUGCUCCGAGUGUGGGAAGUGCUUCAACAGGAGCUCCAGCCUCGUGACGCACCAGAGAGUGCACACCGGCGAGAAGAUGUACGAGUGCCCUGAAUGCGGGAAAAGCUUUACCCGGAGCUCGACGCUAACGGCACACCAGAGGACCCACACGGGGGAGAAGCCCUACCGGUGCUCUGAGUGCGGGAAGUGCUUCAGUAAAAGAUCAAACCUUAUUAAACACCAGAGACAGCACACUGGAGAGAGACCGUACAAAUGCCUGGACUGUGGGAAAAGCUUCAUACAGAGCUCAGACCUUAUUGUCCAUCAGAGAACGCACACGGGAGAAAAGCCCUACCAGUGCUCCCAGUGCGGGAAAUGCUUCAGCGUGCGAUCCAAGCUGAUUCAACAUCAGCGGGUGCACACAGGGGAAAAGCCUUAUACCUGCUCUGAGUGUGGGAAAAGCUUUGGGCAGAGCUCACACCUUUCCAGGUUCACCCGGAGCUCAGACAUUAUCGUACAUCAGAGAACGCACACCGGGGAGAAACCCUUCCAGUGCUCCGAGUGCGGGAAAAGCUUCAGCCACAGGUCAAAUCUUUUCCGGCAUCAGAGGAUGCACACGGGAGAGAAGCCGUAUAAGUGUGAAGAGUGUGGGAAACGAUUCGGGCAGAGUUCAGAGCUCAUCGUCCACCAGCGAACGCACACGGGAGAAAAGCCCUACCAUUGCUCCGAGUGCGAGAAGUUCUUCAGGGGGAGAUCGACGCUGUUCAGGCACGAGAGGUUGCACACGGGCAUUAAACCCUACGAAUGCACUGAGUGCGGGAAAAGCUUUGGGCAGAGCGGGGACCUCAUUGCACACCAGCGCUUCCACACUGGAGAGAAGCCCUACCAGUGCUCCGAGUGUCGGAAAUUCUUCAGUAACAGAUCCAGCCUUGUUCGACAUCAGCGGCUGCACGCAGGUGAGAAGCCGUACAAGUGCCACGAGUGCGAGAAGAGCUUUGGGCAGAGCUCAGACCUCAUUGCACAUCAGAGAACCCACACGGGCGAGAAGCCCUACCCGUGCCCUGUAUGCGGGAAGAGUUUCAGCCGGAGAUCGAACCUCAUUGUGCAUCAGAGAGAGCACAGAGGGGACAGACUCUGCAAAUGCCAGAAGUGUGGGAAAAGCUUCCAGCUGAGCUCGACUCUCGCUGUAAAGCAGAGCGUGCCGACAGGAGAGAACGCUCCUCAGUGCCCUGAAUGCACAAAGCGUUUCAAGGAGGGGUCAAACACCAUUGAACAUCAGAGAUAACACAGGGCAGAAAAGCUUUACAAGUGCCCAGCAAGAGGAAAGAGUUUUGGAUAGAGAUGUGAAAUCGUACGUGAGAGAGAGAAAAAUUAGUGCUUCUCCUAGGUAAAGUUCUUCAGCUUCGGUGAGAUCGGGUGAAAUCCUUCAGGACUGCAGACUGCAAAGGUAGAAAAGAACAGACAUGCAAAUGACCUAAAGUAGGCUGAUCGGAGCACAUAAUAUAAUUUUUUUGCUAAUUAUUUCCUCUUACUGUUGAGAUUGCUCAAAGGGCUUGAUGUGCUCUGUGUUGGUCCAUGAUUCGCCUUCCUCUCGCCCCAGUGAAAUCAUCUGCUUCCUGGGGUUGAGGCUGUCUGUCAUCCCCUCAUCUGCCUUUAAAACCCUUCCUUAAAUCCUUUGAUAUUCUCCAGGCUGGGGCAUCUGCCCAGGGCAUCCAUCAGUACCCCAAGAUACUGUAGAAAUCCAUCUUCCCUUGCACAUCCUUCCCUCCCCCAUAUGUAUUCAACCUCAAUAAAAAAAGGCCCUCUGUUCCUAAGGAA